AUGGAUCAAGAUGGAUAUCCUAUCUAUCGUCGUCGCAAUAAUGGUCAAGCUCAUAUUGUGAGGGGGAAAGAAGUUGAUAACAGAGACAUCAUACCAUACAAUGUAUAUCUUUCUAAACGUUUCAACUGUCACAUAAAUGUGGAAGCAGAUGUAGAAAUUAUUAUUGAUCGCCUCAACAAUGAUCAACGAAUAGCUUAUGAUGCAAUCGCUUCCUCGGUCUUUGAAAAUAAAAGAACUAUUUUCUUUUUGAAUGGAGGUGCCGGAACAGGAAAAACGUUUUUGUACAAUGCGAUUGCAUUAAAGUGUCACAACGUUGGCCAUAUUGUUAUUACUGUGGCUUCAUUUGGAAUUGCAUCAUUGUUAUUGGUAGGAGUUUGUACUGCUCAUUCAACAUUUUCCAUUCCGUUGGAUGUAUUGGAAAAUUCAAUUUGUGGAUUUAGCAAGCAAUCAUUACAAGCAGAAUUGUUUAGAGAAACAAAACUUAUAAUCUGGGAUGAAGUUCCUAUGCAGCAUAGACAUUGUGUUAAGGCAGUUGAUCGCACACUUCGAGACACUUGUGAUAGUGAAAAGCCAUUUGGGAUUGGGACCAAUCCUCAGGAAAUUGUUAAACUUCCAUCAACAAUACAUAAAUGCCAAGAUCUAAAAGACAUAAUCUUAGUAGUUUAUCCGCAACUGGAUGUGGCAAUGACAUCGACUGCAACAUUUUUAACUGAACGUACAAUUCUUUCUGCACGGAAUGAUGAUGUCAGUGCUAUCAAUACUACAACAUUGAAUAUUUUUCCCGACAACACACAUACUUAUUUGGCAGCAGACAAGAUGUCUGAAGAUGAUGAAAUUGAUCAUGGACUGUGCAAUGGCACAAGAUUGAUGGUUUCUAGAUGCAAUACUCGCAUAAUUGAAGCUCAAAUUUUAACUGGAGAAAAAUGUGGCAAUUUGGUAUUCAUACCAAGGAUAUCCUUGACACCGCCUUCUUCAGAAAUGCCUUUCCUAAUGAGAAGACAUCAAUUUCCAGUUCGAUUAGCAUAUGCCCUAACCAUUAAUAAAUCUCAAGGGCAAUCUGUGAAAUUUGUUGGUGUUGAUUUGCGCACACCAGUGUUUAGUAAUGGGCAAUUGUAUGUGGCCCUAUCUAGAUGCACAUCCUUUGAUCGUAUAAGUGUCCUCCUUCCUAAUGAUAAGCCAGAUUCCACUACAAACAUUGUUUAUCCUGAAAUUUUGUUAUAG